AUGUUGAUAUGUCGCUUAAUACAGAAUACAGUCCUGCUUCAGUACGGUAUAAUUGUACAAGUAAUUACAAGUUUAUUUAGAGUUUUGAAUAAGAAUUUAAAAGCUUUAUCCAGCACGAACCUGAGCAAUAUUUUUAGCUUAACAUUUGAAUCUUCCUCAAGAAUAAAAAUGGAUACUCUGGCUUAUAUACAGCAUUCAUAUUUAUCGCUAAGUAACUUAUGUCAAAAUUUAUCCGACUUCUACUCCAUUCCCAUGAUGUUCUGUUCACUAUCGGUGUUCAUCUCACUGAUAGCGACAAUGUACGACUUAACAAAACCUUUAUUCAUGGACGAACCGUACAGAAAUUAUAUCGAUGUUGUUAUAAAUUUAUUUUACUUUAUGCAGUCUAAUCUUCCUUUACUUAUAUUAGUAACUUCAAUUUCUGAGUUUACUAACGAGACGAAGAAAACGGUUAAAAUUAUAUGCGAUCUCUUGGAAACUAUUGAAAAUCAAGAUAUUAAAAGAAAGCUGAAUAACUUUUCUACAUGUCUGCUGCAUUCGAAUAAUAAAUUCAUGAUUUUCGAUUGGAUAUCUCUUGAUGGCUCUUUGUUUAUUUUGGUAAACAGUUCUUAG